AUGACCGACCCAAACAGAAUAGCGACGGCUUCAAAACGGCCGAAAGCCCUCAUUCGGCUGCUCGACUCACAGCAAAUUGAAGUUGUGCUCCAUUCUCGAUUAUCUGUUGAAGACGUGGUCAGGCUGGUAGCUGAGAAGCUCGAAAUCUCAUUUUCGGAUUCGCAAUAUUUUUGUUUAGGAUUUUCAGAUAAUUUAAACAACUUUCAUUGGUUAGACGGCUCCGUUAUUCUAUACGACCUGGUCGCAUCAACUUCAAAUCCAAAAGGCACAUUAACCUUGUCGCAUCAUGUCAGAUUCUUUGUGGAAACGAUUUAUGAGGUUCAGUGCGCAUCAACCGCCAAACUUUUUUUCUUCGACAUUCAUAAUCAGCUGGCAAGACACGAAUUGCUUGUGGCUAGCGAGGAUUACUUCGAACUGGUUGCUAUUCUGGUGUCUGUCUUCGUUCCCGAUUGCCAAGAACAAACCACAGCAGAGGCGAUUUCUCGAAUUAUGCCGAUGUCUCAUCCACCCUAUAUUCUCCUGAAAACCGAUCAGAGUGAGGUGGAAAGAAGAGUUUUCGAGAAGUUUCGCUAUUAUAGACGGCUACCUGUUGGGACAGGAAUGAUAAGCUUCAUAAAAUUAGCCGAAAAAAGCGAGUCCUACGGAUAUCGAAUGUAUGAAGCACUAAAUGAGAACAACGACAAAUGUAUCCUCUCAAUUGGAUACAAAGGAAUCUAUAUCUACAGGCGGAGUCGUCAUCAGAACCUCAUAACCCCAUAUCUGGCAUAUCCAUGGAGAGUGAUAGAUAACUUGUACUAUCGGGACAAAAAGUUUUCGAUCGAAAUCCGAGAACCCAAGAAUUCCCUACACUCGAGCUCGUCGAUCGGCACAAUGCCGUCGGCGAAGAUUGGCGAUGGAAGUACAUCGAGUCUUCCUCCUGUGAUAUCUCUCAAUAAGCCAAUAUCAACACAAACCUCCGAAUCUCUACCUCCUGAUGUUCCAGACAUGAGCGAAACUCUUCAUAACAAAUCAACGGAAGAGUUUCAAAGGGAUUUGGAAAGAUGCGGAAUGCUGAAAACAAAAAAAGCAGAUCUCGAAGCAAGGCUUCGUCAAAAAAUGCAGGAAUUGAAAGAAGUAUGCGUUCAGGAAGGUGACAUAACCGGAGAGAUGCCGAUUGAAAUAAACGAGGUCGUUCUCCCGGGAGACGAUUUCCCACGACUGAAGCGAAGGGUUGGAACGGCUUAUUCGAUUCCUGAUGAACUGAUUAAAAUAGACAAGGAUGACAAAGUGAGUCAAAUGGAGACUGAUGUCGAAUUGCACCGAAGGAUCGUGGCGGCUGCUUCUCGAUUAGCAACAGACAAAACUAUGAAUAAAUCAGUGCGGAAGAAGAGACAAAAAGAUUUACUAGCGGCAAAACAGAAACUGAGCCGACUGGAACAAGGUCUUCAAAGUAUUCGGCAAUCAGCGAGUAAACCUGAUAUCAGUAGCCUCACAAGUGAUAGUAGCAAUUCUUGGUCCGCAUCAAACUCUUGUGGUCCUAUGCUCACUAUGGCGAUGACGAAGAGCUGUCCUACAACUCCACGUGGCUCUGUACCCGAUCUGAGAAACGAGUUGGAUGAUGAAAAGGAUGAAUUCGAUGAAAAUGUGGAUGAAAGAGUAUCCAGAAGAGCACCGAGCGCGAUAUCCCGUCACUCCCUUUCCCAACGAUACUCUGGAGUAUCUUCCUCAUCGACAAGUUCUGGAUCUGAUUCAAUGGGUCUUGGAUUGCCACCUCGUCCAGUAUCCUGCAAAUCACAACAACAACAAACGACGCCGUUCGACGAUCAGCUAGACAAUCCAAUGCUCUGUGAUGCGAUUCCAUCGACAAAUCCACUGUUAGUACCAACUGUGCCACGUGGCAAAGCCUCAUCUAACGGGUCUCGUGUGUUGACUGAUUACUAUCCGGUCCUAAAGAAAAUCAGGACCAAUUAUUGA